AUGGAGUAUCUCAUGCGUGGUCUUCUUGCUGUGAAACAAAGAGGUUCCAUCGUCUUCUUAGCACUGCCUGAUAUGUCGGUUGCGACUGGUUUUACUGGAAUCAAGUCAUUCACUCGUAGAACUGGUGACUUCUUGGAACUGGCCGACUACGCUCCAGGUUACAAUUUAAUCAAAGUAUGGCGUUGUCCAACACUAUUGGAAAAUAUAGUGAAGGAUGAGCAAGCUGAGGAGGAUGUGGUGGAUGGUCCGAAGGUGGAGGAGGAUGAUCUGGAGGAUGAAAUCGGGUAUGAGUCUCUAGGUGUCAUCCAGCCCAUAGUUUUCUCUGUGGGCAGCACUUCCAAUGAUACGAUGGCACUCAACAGUCGUAAACCAGCUAAUUUUUUCGUCAUCACAAAAAUCUCAAAAGACACGGAAUAUCUCAUGCGCGGUCUUCUUGCUGUGAGAUCAUUAGAUCGUAGAACUGGUUACUUCUUGGAACUGGCCCACUACGCUCCAGAAGAUGAAAGCAGGUGUGAGUCUCUAGGUGUCCUCAAGCCCAUAGUUUUCUAUGUGGACAGUAGUUCCAAUGAUAUGAAGACAAAUAGGAUGACAACCGUCCUAUGGGAUGUCGAGGAUUACCCACUCCCUAGUUAUUUCACUUUAUUUGAGAUUUUUGAGAAAAUCAAGCAUUCUCUUGAGCUGGGUUGUGAUUGUAACUUGUGUAUCUGGGCUUAUGUGCCAGACUAUUUGCUGCAUGUAUAUGAGAUUAUGGCUGAGAGAUUCAGAUAUGAGAAGAAUCUGACGGCUGACAGAUUCUGCUUUGUACCCAAAGUUCCACGGGACAAAUAUUCAAGACUCAGUAUGAUGACACUCGACUUACUUUUGUGGGCAAUUGACAAUCCUCUAGGUUUGGAUGCGAGAGGCUUCACUGUUUUCUUAGUACUGCCUGGUGCUGUUGAUGUCGCUCCAAAAGAAGCACCAGAUCUUAAAAUAUUGCUUUGGGAGGACCUAUGGUCUCGUCGAAUCUCCAAAAGGCCUAAGUGCAUAUGA